AUGUAUGAAUCAGUAACGAGACUACCUCCAGCCGGCUUUACUCCCGCAGGCGGCUGGGCUACCGCGGGCUGGAGUCCCACCAACAACAGAGGUUCUAGUUUCGAGCCGGGCUCCGGUUUCGCAGCAAAGUCUGGUUUUGUGCCAGUGGGGCAGACGUUUGCGACGACGGCAGCGGGGCAGUUGGGUACGCACACGUUUCUGGCGCCGAAUGCAGCGGUGAACGAGCCGUUGGUUGAGCUGGCGGGGGAGGAGGCGGGUGAGAUGGCAUUUGACGAGUGUCACUUCCGGUCUAUUGGGGGCGCCAUACAAUGGUUGUUGCGACUGGCAUUAUGUCUGUCUAUGAUGUCAUGUGUAGGUCGUUCGGACUUUUCGCUGCCCGUGCUGCUCUACGUUUACUGGGAAUGGAGUGUGCAAGGCUCCUGGGACACCACCGGACGUGUACAACGUGUCCGCGGUGGUGAACUAGUCACCGCCCGUUAUGACAAAACCCGCUCUCUCCUUGCCGCUUCUCCGGCGACCUUCCGCGGAGUUGCCUGCGCCAACAGUGUCCUCCUCGUCGCUACCGCCGUCGACUGGUUCUGGCUCAUAUGUGCCGCUGCCACAUGGACGUGCGCCCUAUCCACAACCCAUCGCGGAUCCCGCCUCUGCCUCUCCGGCGGCCUCCGCCAAACAUACGGCAUGCACCUACUCACGCUCUACCUCGCCUUGGCAGGGGCUAUCGUCAAGACAACUCUCAUCGCCAUGUCCUACGCGUGGCUACACGUACAAAAGCGAUCACGACAGUUUUUAGAACGAACCUGGCUCUAA